GCUGCUGCUGCUGUUGCUGGCAACUCCAACUUGAACCGGACCCCUUCUGGCCCUCCUGUCGCCACCCACCCCAAGGCGGCUCCUUCACCAGGGAGUCCUGCCAAGUUCCGAUCCCUCUCCCGGGAUCCUGAGGUGGGCCGGAGACAACAUACAGAGGAGCGUGUCCGACGCAGCCCCAAGACUGGGGUGACCCUGGAGCGUGUGGCCCCUGAAGGCAGUCCUUACCUAUCCAGGCGCCAUCGUGGUCAGGAGAGUGAGCACUAUCACAGCUGUGUGCAGCUGGCCCCACCACGCACCCUGGAGGAGCUGGGCCAUGGCUCCCUGAGCUUGGCUGGUGGCCCUCGGGUGAGUGGGGUGGUGGCUGCUGCUGCUGAAGCACCCCGAAUGGAGUGGAAGGUGAAAGUGCGAAGCGAUGGGACCCGUUAUGUGGCCAAGAGGCCUGUCCGAGAUCGGCUGCUGAAGGCCCGGGCCCUGAAGAUCAGGGAG